AUGUUGAGAUAUUUAAUCGAUAUUACGAUAGAUACUGACUUAUGGGAAAAUGGAUAUGCACCUAAGAUUAAUUGGACUACGCUUGGACUUAUUUUUGUAUCACUUCUAACCGUAAUUUUAUUACUUCUUGCCGUAAUUUAUAAUAUUUACCUACAACAACAGCGGCGUCCAACAAAAACAAAUGGAAAUGAAAGAUGUUUACAACCAUAUGAAAAUAAGAUAAUAAAAACGCUUGAUCCUGAUCCAGUGGAUAUUUCAUCUGUUUCAUAUAAACAAAUCUAUAUUAAUUAUGAUCCAGAUUUAUUUUUAAUUUCAACGUCUGGUUUUAUUGAUAUUACUAGUGUAGAAAUUUAUUCCGAACCGACAGUUGAAAUAACUCAGUCUAUAACUGAACAAGUUCUUCUAUCUGAUACAGAACGAAAGUUAAUUUGUUAUUGCGAUGGUAGUUAUUCUCGUUACAUGUCAAUAGGAACUUCUGGUUUUCGAGCUUCUGAUGGAGGAUACCGAUAUCGUUUAUUCUCUUCUGGUGAUCCAAGAUAUGGUAGUGUCGAUGCCGAAGUUCAAGCUGCAUAUUUUGCCAUAGAAUAUGCUUCGAGAAAACAUUAUAAUAAAUUAGUUAUUUAUACAGAUAAUUCUAAAGUAGAACAACUUCUAAAACGUCGUAAACCAAAAGAUUGCAAUUAUUAUCCUGAUAUUUGUCAAAUUCUUGAUCAGUGUAAUAAUCAACAAGAUAAAAUUACUAUUAAGGUAAUUCGAGUUCGUGGACAUACAUCAAGAUAUGAACAAAAGAACUGUAAAACAAAAGCUGAAUUUGCAAAAAUCGAUCGAAUUGUUCGAAAAAAAACACGUCAAUUUAUAAAAAAAUACCGACUUCAUUUUCAACCAGUUUAUCAUAAUUAUUAUGUAUUGGAUCGCUAUUUCUAUUAUUUCUGA